ACUGAAUGAUUCCAUUGAUCUGGAUAAGGAUUUAAAGAUGGCAUUGAUUGUCGAUUUGAUAGAGGGAAUGACCUAUCUUCAUAAUUGUAGUAUAUCUGUGCAUGGCAAUCUAACCAGUGAUUCAUGUGUUAUUGAUAGUCGCUUUGUGUUAAAAGUUACGGGAUAUGAACUGAGAGGAUUGAAAGUGCAAUGUAAAGACAAAGUUAACCUAGCCAACAGUUUUUGGAUUGCACCAGAACACCUGCGCACCAAAGAUAGAACAGUUUCUCAACCUGGUGAUGUGUACGGUUUCGGGAUAAUACUGUCCGAAAUAUUGUCGAGAAAAGAACCUUUCAGCGAGGAAUUAGAUAGUUUUACGUCACAAGAAAUCAUCAUGAAAGUAAUUAACGCUGAGAAUCCACCUUUCCGACCUACGUUAGCUAAAUCAAGCAAUAAUGACUUCAUGGGAGGGAUGGAAACAAUAAUGUAUGACUGUUUAAAUGAAGAUCCUCAGAAGAGGCCGUAUUUCAUGAUAAUUGGAAAAAGAAUCAAGGAUUUAACUGGAAUUUCAAAAUCUCAUAACGUAUUAGAUGCAUUACUUAGAAGAAUGGAACAAUAUGCAAAUAAUCUGGAAGCUCUAGUUUUUGAAAGGACACAGGCAUUUUUAGAUGAGAAAAGAAAAUCCGAGGAACUUUUAUAUCAAGUUCUUCCACGAUCUGUUGCUGAAAAAUUAAGGGAUGGGAGACCAGUUAAUCCUGAAGCUUUUGAUUGUGUAACGAUAUAUUUUAGUGAUAUCGUAGGCUUUACUGACAUUUCAUCCCAGAGUACACCUUUUCAGAUUGUAGAUCUACUGAAUGAUCUUUACAACUGCUUUGAUGAAAUUAUAGACAGACAUGACGUUUAUAAGGUUGAGACCAUAGGCGAUGCGUAUAUGGUAGUGUCUGGGCUUCCCGUACUGAAUGGCAUUAAACACGCCAAGGAAAUAGCACAGAUGGCACUGUCUAUAAGAGACUCAGUCGAAUGUUUUAGGAUUCCCCACAAUCCAACUAAACCUUUGCAAUGCAGAAUCGGAAUUCACUCAGGAUCUGUAUGCGCAGGUGUGGUGGGUAGGAAGAUGCCAAGGUACUGCUUAUUUGGAGAUACAGUUAACACUGCGUCUAGAAUGGAAUCAAAAGGUGAAGCCAUGAAGAUACAUAUCAGUGAAGCAACAAAGACGUUACUCGACAAUUUUUCUGAAUUUGACGUUAAAUGUAGGGGGAUAUUGUCAAUCAAAGGAAAGGGCUUAAUGACAACAUAUUGGAUAAAGGGUAACAACACAGAUAUGAUAAUAUCUGCAAACAAAUCGGAAGUGUCAUGUACAUAAAAUGUUACAUACUGUGGUAUGGAUAAACUUAAAUUUGCU